GUUGCGACCGGAAGAGGUCGAUGUGAUGAGGACCAUUUGAGGCAAACCUGAGAUAGAAAAGAGAAAUUCACGAUUCUGAAAUUCUAUAAACAACAGAAACCAUAAGACAAACGACGCCAGGAGAUAUUCAUUUGUCUUCAACUUUGCAUUUAGGGGAAGAAAAGAGAUACACGAAGUCAUUGGUUGUGGAUGUCACGCUAGAAAAUCAGGCAGUUUUGAGAGGCUGGAGCCCAAACAUGGACAUGGAGAGUUACGAGGACUUCUGCCUGCGGAGCCUGGCCAGACUGCAGACUGAGAGCCAGGGGAAGAGCCAAGGCCAACAGACAGGCUGUGAGCCAACUGGUCCUGUGGAAGCUCUCUCCUUCAUCCACUUCCAUGGAAGGGCUGUGCUCUCACCCUUGCUGAGUGUGGAGCAGCGCAGCGAGAUGUCCCAGUACAGACAGAGGGCUGCCCAGCUUGAGGUGGACAGACAGGCACUACGCAGCAGCAGCCUGCUGGCCAGGGUUCAGGACAUUCUGGACAAUGCUCAGGUGGAAAAAUUACCAGAGAUGGAGGGUAAAAUGGAUCUACCAACUCCGCCAUAUUGCCUUUCCCCAAAACCCGAGACAGUGAAUGGCUACACCCUGGUCACAGACUCCCCUGGGCUAUCCAGGGGCGGUGGUGUGGUUGGGCUACACAUUAUGGAUCGGCCCACCACACCCCAACCUGAGUCCCCCAUAGUCCUGAAUGGGUACAGGGCAGAGGAGAGAGAGAAGCAGGUAGAGGAGGAGAGGUGGGAGGUAGAGGAGGAGAUGAGGAGGGGAGAGGAGGAGAUAGGGGGUGGUCAGGAUGUGAGUUUCCAGAGCCUUCUGAGGAGGUCGAGGGAGUAUGUGGAGAGAGAGCAGGCCCAGAGGGGGUCAAAGGUCAUCGGCAGGGUCACUUCAACCACCCCGCCUGCGGAGAGCCUCUCUGACAAGGAGAACGAGAGCCGCAGUCCUCUGGGAGAGAUGAAACCUGAACAAGGGUACAGCCUGCGCCACAGUCCGCUAAACCCACCUCAGACCCAGGCCCACAUCCAGCACCAGAGUCAGUAUCCUGCCCAAGCUCAAGCCCAGUACCAGGCUGUGUGUGACCCAUAUGACUCUCGGUUUAGCUGCCUCUCAUCUGGCCUCCCCGACCCUUACGCUCUCCUGCCCAGCCCUGAACCCAGCAUGAGUCCCCGCCCCCACCGUCGCCGACCACGUCCAGUGUCUACUGGUAACAUCAUGAUCUCCUUCCCCAUUGGCUCGGCCGACCUCAUCCCCAGAGGGCUAGUGGGGAGGCACCAAGAGAGCGCUGUUGUCAUGGCGACAGGGGUGAUGAGGUCACCGGAACGGGGGUCAGGGGUCAGUGACGGUAGCAGUAGUCGUCGUGGCAGCCAGUGUGGCACCAGCCCGGUCCAGGAGAAGAGCUGCAGCCCAGUCAGUACCUCCGGAACUGGUUCACAUGGGCAUCAUGAUGUCACCAGCUCCAGGUUUCGCCGGCGCUGCCACACCCUAGACAGCCAGCUCCACUCCUCUCAUUCUGCCUCAGAACCUGGCAUGGACCGCAGCCAGGAGAGGCUCCCGCGCUUCAUGGGGGGAGCGCCUCGUUUGGCCCCGAGUCGUAGGAGCCCCGCGGUCCCCCUGAAUCAGUCCUAUGAGGUGGAGAACCCUUCGGCCGUGCUGCUAAGGCCCCACGUGAGACCCUUGACCCCUGACCUCUCUCCUUGCCAGAUGAGGCUGGAGCCUGAGGGGCCUCAGGGGCCCCAUGAUGGACAGAUCACACCCAGCUCUUCCCUAGAGGAGCAGGACAGUAAGACAGAGGAGACCCAGCGACGUGUGAGUGCUCUGGAGGAGAUGCAGAGGCGUCUGGAGGAGGAGCAUGCCCUGCAGAUGUCUCUUCUCAUGGCUGAACAGGAGAGAGAACAACAGCGCCUCUGUCAGGAGCUGGAUGAGAAGGGGAAGAGGCUGAGAGAGCAGGGGUGUGGCCAGCUCCUGAGUGGGGACGGUGGUGGCCUCAGCCCUUCCUGCCCUGGCCUUAGCCCCACCCUGAGUGCUACUGAUAGGUCACCUAGACACAGUGUACACAGCAUGGGUUUCUCCUCUCCACUGAGCUCCAGUGCUCCCUCUCCCUCCAUGCAGCCUCCUGUCUACCUGUGGGGGCCCACCUGGGGGGCCAGCAAGCCCCGGGGAAGGCUUAGUCAGGUUGUGACAGUUGAACAGCAGAGGGCGCUGUGUCGUCUGGGAGCCAUCAGUUGUGGGUUCCUUACCCGCAGACUGCUCCAGACAGAGAAGGUGAAACAGCUGCGCCAGACCGUUCAGGACACACAAGAGUUCAUCCGCUCGUUCCAGACUGAAGGUUCCAUAUCAGCACAGGACCUGUCUCUGCAGGAGAGAGUCAGGGCACAGUUGCGUGCGGCUCGAUAUGACGUCCAUGACAUCUUCUUUGAGAUGCCCCUGGAGGAGAGGCUGGCUCUGCUGCAGCUGGACAGAGAGGUCCGCACAGAGAAGAAGCUACGAGAAAUGGAGAAAGCCCGGAGUCCUAAUGACAGAGUGCUGUCUGCUGCCACACAGAGGUCACUGGACAGGAAGAAGAGGGUGGGUGAGUCUCCAGGACAAGCAAGGAAAGUACAGAAGAAGCCAAAGAGCCCUCCCACUAACAGGAUCCUGAAGCCAAGUCAGGGUCAGAAUGCCUCAGUCCCAGGUCUGCUAAACCGACAGGGUCUGUCUGUCAGGAGCUGGUACAGAAAUACCCCAGAGGACAGAGUGAGGCGCUCAGACAGCCUGAAGAAGCAGAACUCCCUGGGCUAACUGGUUCCUCCCUCUGUCUGCUUGCCGUCUCUGCUUGCUGUCAGGAGCUGGUACAGAAAUACCCCAGAGGACAGAGUGAGGCGCUCAGACAGCCUGAAGAAGCAGAACUCCCUAACUGGUUCCUCCCUCACUCCCUCUAUGACCCCUCAUUCCCUGACCCUUGACCUCUGGGCCUUCUAUCAGCCCCAUGUUCCACUAUGGUUCGACCACCACCAAUGCUAAUAGUCCUUCUAACCUCCCUCUAACCUCCCUCUAACCUCCCUCUGAUGGUUCAGUCCAGUGCUCUCUGCCCAGGGAACACCCUACCCAAUGGAUUGUUACUAUAGUUACAUAUAUUUUUGUACUAUUACAAACUUCUGAACAGUUCAUGUAUUCCUUAGGUUUGAAUGCUGCUGUGCACUCUUGUGCCAAGAUAAUUAAUGCAUUAAUGCUGCUAGAUAGCUAUAUUUGCUGCUUAACUUGCAAAGACUUUGUAGCUAGAGGCCUUCUGUAGUGGAUAUGUAGUCGGGACACUGACUCAUAAAGAAGCAUGACAAAAGUAAAGGAAGUAGAUUCCAUUAGAGGUUAGAGGUAUGGAUUGUCUUCUGACAGGUGGCGUCAUUCCUCCUCUCAUUUUUUAAUUUAAAAAAAUGUAGCCUUUAUUUAACAAGGAAAGUCAGUUAAGAAUAAAUUCUUAUUUAUAAUGACGGCCUACCCCGGCCAAACCCGGACGACGCUUGGCCAAUAGUGCGCCACCCUUUGGGACUCCCAGUCACGGCCGGAUGGGAUGCAGCCUGGAUAACCUCAACAUAGUCGUCAACAUAGACGUGGCGCUAUCUAACGUAAGACAAUGAGAGGUUUGUGAAAUGUUAAACACACCGGCGGCCUUUCCAGACACAGACACACCUCAGAGAUAGAGAUCAUUGUGUGAUUACCUAGCUUUAACCCUGCUAUCCCAUACACCUCAGAGAUAGAUAGAGAUCAUUGUGUGAUUACCUAGCUUUAACCCUGCUAUCCCAUACACCUCAGAGAUAGAUAGAGAUCAUUGUGUGAUUACCUAGCUUUAACCCUGCUAUCCCAUACACCUCAGAGAUAGAUAGAGAUCAUUGUGUGAUUACCUAGCUUUAACCCUGCUAUCCCAUACACCUCAGAGAUAGAUAGAGAUCAUUGUGUGAUUACCUAGCUUUAACCCUGCUAUCCCAUACACCUCAGAGAUAGAUAGAGAUCAUUGUGUGAUUACCUAGCUUUAACCCUGCUAUCCCAUACACCUCAGAGAUAGAUAGAGAUCAUUAUGUGAUUACCUAGCUUUAACCCUGCUAUAGUAGCCAUCACCCUCUGCUGGUAGUCACAGAUAGUUGCCAUGUAAAAAAAGGUAUUUUAAACAUGCAGUAUUUAUUUCUUAUAUCGUUUUUGAGUUAAAGCGCUGUCUUCAGCACCAUAAUACAUGGUGCUGAACUCUCUGCUCUGUGUGAAGUCUGGAACAUUUCAAAUUGGUUUGUGUGUGAUGUGUGCAAUUUUAAAAUAUCAAUGUGUUUUGCUGCAAAAAGUCACAGCCAAAUGAAAGAAAAUGUACUAUUGUCUUAUUUUACACUGUACCAAGAGAAACAUGCUUUGGUUUCAGAUGGUCUGUUUACCCGGCAUGUUUGAGCUGUAGUUGACAGACAAACCUAUGUCUCUGGAGAGUAUUUAAAAUAUCCCAUACAGAAAUGUAUCUGCCUUUCACAAAUAAACAUGACUGAGAUAUCUGGAAUAUCUGAAAGCUGCCAGUGUAUAUGAGAGGAUUUACAGAGAAAACAUUAACAAUGAAAAGUAACUCACCACUGUUCAGUAGCUAUAACAUCCUUAUCUCAAAGCAGUCUUCUUGUAGCCUGGCUGACGCACAGGCCCACGUGGUACACAGUGAGAGGAGAGCUUGUGGUACGUACAAACACAUUAGCCAGGCAAGUCUUCUUUCCCCACCUAGGGGCUGAUGUAUCCUAUCUAGGGGCUGAUGUAUCCUACCUAGGGGCUGAUGUGUACCACCUACGGGCUGAUGUGUACCACCUACGGGCUGAUGUGUACCACCUACGGGCUGAUGUAUCCUAUCUAGGGGCUGAUGUGUACCACCUAGGGGCUGAUGUGUACCACCUAGGGGCUGAUGUAUCCUAUCUAGGGGCUGAUGUAUCCUAUCUAGGGGCUGAUGUAUCCUAUCUAGGGGCUGAUGUAUCCUACCUAGGGGCUGAUGUAUCCCACCUAGGGGCUGAUGUAUCCCACCUAGGGGCUGAUGUAUCCCACCUAGGGGCUGAUGUAUCCCACCUAGGGGCUGAUGUAUCCCACCUAGGGGCUGAUGUAUCCCACCUAGGGGCUGAUGUAUCCCACCUAGGGGCUGAUGUAUCCUACCUAGGGGCUGAUGUAUCCUACCUAGGGGCUGAUGUAUCCUAUCUAGGGGCUGAUGUAUACCACCUAGGGGCUGAUGUAUCCCACCUAGGGGCUGAUGUAUCCCACCUAGGGGCUGAUGUAUCCCACCUAGGGGCUGAUGUAUCCCACCUAGGGGCUGAUGUAUCCCACCUAGGGGCUGAUGUAUCCCACCUAGGGGCUGAUGUAUCCUACCUAGGGGCUGAUGUGUACCACCUAGGGGCUGAUGUGUACCACCUAGGGGCUGAUGUAUCCCACCUAGGGGUGGAUGUAUCCCACCUAGGGGCGGAUGUAUCCCACCUAGGGGCUGAUGUAUACCACCUAGGGGUGGAUGUAUCCCACCUAGGGGCUGAUGUAUCCCACCUAGGGGUGGAUGUAUCCCACCUAGGGGCGGAUGUAUCCCACCUAGGGGCUCAUGUAUCCCACCUAGGGGCUGAUGUAUACCACCUAGGGGCUGAUGUAUCCCACCUAGGGGCUGAUGUAUCCCACCUAGGGGCUGAUGUAUCCCACCUAGGGCAAUCCUGGGUGGGAUACAGCAUACACUAAGGUGUCAUUAAUGUGUCAUUCUGUGAAAGAGUUGGAUACUGACCCUGAGUCAGUUGCUAAGGGGAUUUGUAUAUUAAUAACUGGCGUAACUAUGUAUCUGCUUAAACAGCCCUACACCACCAUACACGGCCUUUUGUAGCAGUGACAGAUUUCUGGUGUUGUUAUUGACUGGCUUUGAUUGAUUUAAUUAGCAAUUUGUGUAUUGAAUACAAAACAUUUUGUAAUUUUAUUCCUGUUUACAGCCUGUGCUUGAUGUAUUUAUUUCCGAAUUACCAAUGAUAUUAAAUAUUGAUAUUUGAA